GUGGAAUAUAAAUACGAUGUUAUCUUGAGUAGAAAAUGUUGGAUAGGGAGUUAGCAGGACUUUGUUGUUGGUUUUCUUUGCCGCCCUCUUCCUGCUGGAUGGAGAAGAGCAGUUGAGGAAUGUUCAUGACGGAUGGCAAACACCAGCCGGACCUUUUCUGAUGUUAGGAAUGUGAUUCUGUCGGCUCAUAAAAACACAGAGGCCCAGGAUAAGGUGGGCUUCUAUGACACCUGGGCUGAUAACUAUGAGCAGGAUGUAGCUGUGCUGGAUUACAGAGCCCCGUUGCUGGCAGCCGAGUGUGUGAGCUCGUUUUUCAACGAUGACAGAGAGAAGGCCACUGUUCUGGAUGUGGCCUGUGGAACAGGACUGGUCUCCAAACACUUGAAGAGAAUGGGGUUUCGUCACUUCGAUGGAGUAGAUGGAAGUCUGAGGAUGCUGGAGGGGGCAAAGAAAACAGGACUUUAUAAGCAGCUUAUGCAUUGCAUGCUGGGUCAAGACAGAAUUCCUGUUAAAGCCGAAACGUAUGAUGUUGUUAUAAUUGUUGGAGCUCUAAGUGUUGGACAGGUGCCCUUGAAAGUCAUUAGAGAGCUCUGGGAUGCUACAAAACCAGGCGGUUAUGUGUGCAUGACUACAAGAGCCAACACUGAUAACCAAAAGUACAAGGCUGAAUUGGAGCAAAUGAUCAAAGCAUUGGAAGAAGAGCAGAAAUGGAGAAGUGUGGCUGUUGUUGAGGUGGAGGAGUGGGAGAGAGGCGUAUCAGAACUGGACACCGGGUACAUUCCAGGAGCCGUUUAUCUGUAUCAGAAAGGGUUUUUAUAAUUUUAUGAGCACAUGAUUGCAACCAAACACUAAAACUUUUUAAAGGAAUUCAUAAUCCACCAGCAGGUGGCGGUAGUUAAUCAGAAACUGGACGACCACUUGUUUAUUUUUGAAAGUUCUUUUGCUCCCCAGAGAAGCGCCUGAAAUGUCAAAACCUGAUCCAUUAGUUUAACACACAACUAUUUUCACUUCAUAAACACUGAAACACACUGGGUACAUUUAAAUAUACAUUUGUUCAGCCGAAGUGUAUGAACCUAAAGGAAUUUGUGAGAAAUGUCUCAGGUGUAUUAUUACAAAGCUUUCGAUCCCAGUUACAUCUAACCUUUCAGUUUGCCACUCCUCGAUACUCCGACCACAAUUUUUUUUUGGAGCCGCCAUUUGCAUUUGUGUCAAGUAAGUGACGUAAAUAAACGAGAAUCUGUUUCAUCUUAUUGAC